AUUCUUACUUUUUAUUCGAAUCGAUUCAAACAGUUCAUGUAAUAGAAUCUAAAACUUUCCGAGUCAUUUUGAAUAUGAUUCAAAGCUUAGAUAUCUUGAAAAUCCUGAAACUCUUGGCUAUGCAAUGUUUUUUGCAAGAACAGAUUUAAAAAUUUUGAGGAGGUUAGUAAGUUUAUUUAAUAUUUUUUUUUUAAUGCAGUACAAAUGUUCUCAAGUAAAGCAAGAAUUUUCUUAACGAAGGUUUGAAACGUUUGGGUUCAUUUACAUUAUUUAUCUUUAUCUAUAAUACAUAUCACGUAAAUAGAAGAAAACAUAAAUGAAAUGCAAGUAUUUAACCGAAUGUUAUUUAUUUAAUACUAACAAUAAGAUCAUGUUUGAAGUUCAUACAGAGCGAUAUUCUAAAUUUAUAGUACAAUUGAAAUUUUAGAGUUCCUAAGUGGGAUUGCAUACUUGGUACGUUUUCAAAUUUGCUAUUCUAGAAAAUAAACCGUUAUUAAAAACGUUUUGCAAUCGUUUCAUAGUUAAGAUUUGAACGUCCAGUGCUAAGUCGAUGAUUCGAAAGCACAUCAGUUUACCAUUAAAAUAAACAGUACAGGGUUUUAGCCACGGGAGGACGCGGCAUCUGUAAGUCUGAUAGAGAGUAUCCCGCACGUAUGUACACAUACACACAUAAUCAUAAGGAAGAAAAGGAAAGUUGGGAAGGAAAGAGUGAUAGAACUAGUCAAGGAGAGACACUGAACCGUGGGAAAAGCUUGACGAGAGGAACAGAGAGAGAAAGAUAAUGAACAAGCGGCGCAUGCCAUAGCCACGGCCCCCAACUUGCUCUAAACUCGUGCAGCCUGUCGCUGUCGGUCGAAUUUUAAUGGCGGCUCAUUCCGAUUCCCUGUUUAGUGUUAUUAUCAGCUAACGAAACGGUAUAUAUACUCUCUAUGCGUUACCACAGGGAAUAAUAGUGAGUUCCACCGAGUUUAAACAGCGAGUGUCUUGGUGUUUCGUCAGGCGAGGACUAUAUUAAAGACCUGUAUCAAGGACAUAGUGCAUAUCCGCGAUGUGUCGUAGCGACUCUGGCGUACGAACAUUCCAUCAUGUAUAGUCGUGUUGUACGCUUUGGCUUUCUCAUGAGAAAGGUCAAUUCUACAUGACAAAUCGAACCUGUUUCAUUUUAUUUUAGUUUAGUGUAUAUAGCAAUUUGCGUGAGCUGCUGGUGAGAAAAAAAAAAAGGGAAGUUAACACGAGCCGACUGAUGAUCGUAUCAGAUCGAGCGAAUUGAAGCUGCGAGCUUUUUUCACAGUGAAGGUAAAUUCCUUUUUCCCUUUCGGUAAUUGCUCGACGAUAUCCUCCUCGUGUUUCAUGAGUGUUGCCAGACGUGUUUACGAGUUUCUGGAAUAUUUCAGUAUCGAGUAUAUCGAGUAAUUCGGUACGUUUGUGUUUUGUUAGACGAUUAUUGACAAGAAGUAAGAUAUCCUUGCCUUUGUGCGAAGACAGUGAUCUUAACUGUCAAGUGCAGCUAUGCUGCUUGCACUAAUGAAGGGCGGUGCGUGCAACGGUGUUACUCAAAAAGUGUGGAGCCAUCUGCCCUAGCCUGACAUCGCUGUCGAAAUGUUUUAGUAAUAGAAAUCGAGGUGCCAGGCAAUGUGCAUCAUGUCAGUGCCUGGAUACAUGUGUAAUUGGUAGUACUGUAUCAAUACUAGACUUCUAUCAGUGGGACGAAUACCCUUAUUAUACUUUCUAAGCUUCCUACCCUAGACUUGUACAUGCACAAACGCACACGCAUAGCGUGUGCGCACGUGCUUUGUCAACUAUUGUCUACACAACAUGAGAUUCUUGGGAUUUGUAUCAUUUCCCACUUCACCUACUGUAUUACCACCUAAACUAUUGCUAUCACUUUAUCGAUUAUCCUUUUCAUCCAUGUCUGUUGCUACCUGGUUCCUGGUGGUACUGGUAACUGCAGCAAUAGAUACACCUGCUAGUACUGCUCCGUCUAUGCAAGAAAACAGAUCCUUACAGAUUGUAACACAAUUUCCGACGGGUGAUGGUCAAAGAUAUGGAUUUUACCCUCUAGAUCCAAAUACAACAAGAGAAGGUGUCCUUCGAUUUAAUCAUCUCACUAUAGAUCCUGCAACAGGAAGAUUGUAUGCAGGUGCCAUCAACAGACUUUUACAAUUAGAUUCUAAUCUCAGGCUGGAGGAAUAUGUUUCCACAGGACCAAGAUUGGAUAAUCCUCAGUGCCAUGCAACAGGCUGUCCUUCCAGAGACAUAACUACAUCUUUAAUGGAUAAUGUAAACAAAUUAUUAAUUGCUGAUCUUGAAUCACAAACACUGAUCGCGUGUGGUUCCCUUCUUCAAGGUGCUUGUGAAAAGUACAAAAUGUCAAACAUAUCUAUCAAGCCAGAAUUCAUUCCCCAUAGUGUAGCAGCGAAUGAUGAAAACUCUUCUACAUAUGCUUUUAUCGGGCCCGAAAGAUACAAUGCUUGGGGACAAACAAAUAUACUCUAUGUUGGUACUACAUUCACUAACAGAGGAGAUUAUAGGCAUGAUGUGCCUGCCAUUUCCAGUAGAAAUCUGCACAAUUUAGAAUUCGCUGAGUAUACAUUCAAUAAACAGUCGAUUGUAUACAUCGACGUAAAAUACCGAGAUCAUUUCCUGGUUAAAUAUGUAUAUGGUUUCAAUGCCAGCGAUUACGCGUAUUUCGUAUUAGUACAAAAACAAUCUCAUCUUCCCGAGGAAGAAGAAAAGGGUUAUAUUUCUAGAUUGGCUCGAAGUUGUAUCAGCGAUCCGAAUUAUGAUAGUUAUACAGAAGUGACUUUGCAAUGUACGGUUAAUUUGGGAGAUGGAAAACCGCAAUCUUACAAUUUAGUGCAAGACGCGAAAGUUGCACCAGCUGGCAGUGAUAUAGCCAUGCAAUUAGGUAUUUCUGUUGGUGAUCCCAUUUUUGUUUCUGUAUUUUCGCCGAGUAGAGGAAUCACGAAUGAACCGCUGUCGCGGUCAGCACUUUGUGUGUAUAGUUUGCAAGAAAUUGAAACAAGAUUCGAUGAAAAUAUUCACAUGUGUUUCAAUGGUAGUACUAAAUAUAGAAACAUGGGUUAUGUCAGUGGUCCUAUACAAGAUGGUAAAUGUCCUACAGCAGGAACAACAGGCAACAUUUUGAACUUUUGUGAAGUGGGUUUGAAAAUCUCCGGAAUGUCGCCGAUUGUAGGACAAGCAAUCCUACAUUUUCCCGAUGAAUUUAUCACUUCUGUAACAAUAGCUAAUACAGAAAGUCACACUGUUGCGUUCUUGGGUACUAAUGACGGCUCUCUUAAGAAAGUUUUACUUUCUGGAAAUGAGGCAUUCGUUUACGAAAGUAUUGUAAUUGAUAAAGGAAACAGGUUGAUGCCUGAUACUUUAAUCUCGCCGGAUGGAGAGCAUAUUUACGUUUUGUCGAGUUCUAAAAUUUCCAAGGUGCAAGUUGAACAUUGCAGUAGUUAUACUAAUUGUAGUAGUUGUCUUGACGCGAAAGAUCCUUAUUGCGGAUGGUGUUCAUUGGAAAAAAGAUGUACAGUUAGAGGAGAUUGCCAGAAAGCGAGUCAUAGUAGUCCACGAUGGUUAUCUUUAGGUACGGGACAGCAGUGCAUCGAUUUUGAGCAAGUUCUCCCAGAUCGUAUGCCUAUCAAUCAAAUGACUACAGUUCACUUAACAAUCAGAACUUUACCCGAAUUACCAGCAGGCGCAAAUUAUAAAUGUGUUUUUGGUAACGCGGAGCCUAUAGAUGCAUUAAUGACCGGAUUUGGAUUGUCGUGUCCUACACCACCCGUCCUUGAAAGACCAAAUAUACCAGACGGAGCUGAUCAUGUUCUGGUACCUCUAUCCGUGCGUUCUAGUGAAACAAACAAAGAUUUUGUUUCACGGAAUUUUGCAUUUUUUGAUUGCUCUAGGCAUACUGUGUGCACAGAGUGUGUAAAAUCCCAAUGGGCCUGUAGUUGGUGUGUAUACGAUAAUAAAUGUACACAUAACACAAGCUGUCAAGGUAUCAUUUCGGGAGAAAAUAACCAAGCAAAUUUAGCAGCCCAUGGAGCACAAUACUGUCCAAGGUUUGUCCAACGUCAAGAACCAUUAAUGUUACCUAAUAGUGUACCCAAAGAAAUAGUGCUCGAGGUUGAGAAUUUACCACAUCCUCAAGUAGGACACAGUGGUUUUCAAUGCAUCGUUUCGAUCGAAGGUGCCAAUUUAAAGGUACAGGCUCGUGUCGAUAGCAGUCGCUUUAUAGUUUGUGAUAAAACAGUUUACUCAUACGAGGCUGUCACUGGUGAAUACGAAGCAGAAGUAACAGUUGUUUGGAACAUUAACCAUCACGUGGACAAGACCACAAUUAUCCUUUAUAAGUGUGAAGUGUUGGGUUCACAUCGUGAGCACGCAGAUUGUUCCCUUUGCGUGACUAGAGAUACGCGUUUCGAAUGUACUUGGUGCGGUAAUAGUUGCGUGUACCGACAUUCUUGCCUGCACUCGCCGUUUACCGAAUGUCCGAAGCCAAGGAUUGACAUGAUUAAACCUCUGAGUGGGCCGAUAGAAGGUGGAACGUUGGUUACUAUCGAAGGUAGUAAUUUGGGACUGAAAGAAAGCGACGUAGACGGAAAAAUACAUAUUGGUGACACACCGUGUACUUUAGUCGACUAUGAAGUAUCCGUGCGCAUUGUUUGUCGUACAGGAAGACACGAGGCAACAGACACUGCUUCUGUGGUAGUUGGUAAUGAUGCUGGUUAUACUGAAAGCGCAGUAUUAUUUAAUUAUAAGGAUAUACGAUUGUCUGGUGUUUAUCCAUCGAUUGGUCCACAAAGUGGUGGCACGCAACUUGCCAUUACUGGAAUGUAUUUGAAUAUUGGUAGCACUAUCUCAGCCUAUUUGGAUGAAUUACCGUGCCAUGUUAAUGCCACGCAAGCGAGCAGCACUAGACUGACUUGUGUAACAAGUAAAUCCGACCGUGUAAGAAGAAUCGACAGACUGACACUUAGCAUAGACGGUGCGAAUCGCACUCUAGUUGGUAAUCCCUAUAACUACACUCACGAUCCUACUAUUAUGGAGAUUAAGCCACUGACAAGCUUCGCUUCUGGUGGUCGCAUGAUCACCGUUCACGGCACCAAUCUAGAUACCAUCCAGAAACCUGAAAUGGAAGUUUAUUUCGAUAAUGAACUACUGCCAGUAAAUAGGACUGUUUGUACAGUAUUAAACCCGACGCAGAUGGAAUGUCCGAGUCCUAGCAUUGCCAAGCGUUUCAUGACUCUUCGACGUAACGAGCGUGCUACUAUCAAUGGCCAAAGUACACCUCCACAGUCAUUGAAAUUAAAGGAAUCUCAAUUAUCCUUGAAAAUAGCAUUUAUUAUGGAUAAUGUCGAGAGUGUACGGGACUUGGAGAAACAUUUUAAAAGUCUCAGAAAUCGAUUGCUUUACGUGGAAGAUCCGAAAUUUUUGGCCUUUCCGCGUAACAUUAAAUUGUAUAAAGGCGACACGUUAGUUAUCGAGGGGGAAAAUUUGAUUUUUGCUAGCGACGAGUCUGACGUAAACGUUACUGUUGGAACAAUGCCGUGUAACGUGACAUCACUUGCUCUGACUCAAUUGGUUUGCAUUCCUCCUGAUCAACAGCCAGCCGACACCGAUGAGCUCGGAAUUAAAACUGAAAAUGGUCUACCCUUGGUGGUAGUACGUGUGGGUCGCAGCCUCAGAUUUCCUAUUGGUUAUUUGCGUUACGAAGUGAUUAAAUCUUAUCCAAUUCCACCAGAGGCAAUAGCUGGAAUAGCUGCUGGUACUUUUGGUCUUGUGUUUUUGUUUGUUCUAGUGUUGAUAAUAUAUAGAAGAAAGAGCACGCAAGCAGAAAGAGAAUAUAAAAGGAUACAAAUACAGAUGGACACUCUGGAAAGCAAUGUUAGGAUGGAAUGCAAGCAGGCAUUUGCUGAACUACAAACCGAUAUGACUGACUUGACCGCUGACUUGGAAUCAUCUGGUAUUCCGACUCUGGAUCACAAGAACUAUAUUAUGAAAGUAUUUUUUCCUGGUGUCACGCAUCAUCCCAUAUUGAACGAUCCUAGAUCACGUAGCAAUGUGUCUCGUACGAAUUAUGAUGCUGCCAUGAUCCAGUUUGAACAACUGAUCAAUAAUAAGUACUUCGUAUUAACGUUCAUCGAAACCUUAGAGGCUCAGAAAGACUUUAAUAUUAGGGAUAAAGUGAACGUUGCAUCGUUACUCAUGGUCGUGCUGAUGGGUAAGAUGGAAUACGCGACUGAUAUACUUAUGAAUCUUUUAUUAAGACUUAUCGAGAAGGCGGUAAAUACGAAGCAUCCUCAGCUGAUGCUUAGAAGGACCGAAUCCGUGGUGGAGAAAAUGCUAACCAACUGGAUGGCACUUUGUAUGUACAAUUACCUUAAGGAUUACGCAGGUUCCUCUCUAUUUUUAUUGUUCAAGGCAAUAAAGCACCAGAUAGAAAAGGGUCCUGUAGAUGUGAUCACCCACGACGCUAGAUACUCGUUAUCCGAAGAAAGGCUGCUCCGUGAGCAGAUCGAGCACAGCGUAGUCACUCUGCACGUCGUCCAAGAUGAUCUCGAUGAGAAGAUUCAGUGCAAGGUGUUAGAUUGUGAUACUAUAAAUCAAGUGAAGUCCAAGAUCCUAGAUGCUCUCUAUAAAAAUACUCCUUUCUCACUGAGGCCGUCCGUUCAUGACGUAGAUUUGGAAUGGAGACACGGUAGAGGCGGGCAUUUAACUCUUCAGGAUGAAGAUCUUACGUCGAAGUGUAGCGGCGAAUGGAAAAAGAUCAACACAUUGGCGCACUACGGUGUGAAAGAAUCAGCCGUGAUGUCAUUGAUUCCUAGACAGAACGACGGUUUCUCCGUCGCCUGUAAACCACCAUGUCAUAACUGUAAACCAUCGCAUUAUCAUCAUCAGCAGCAGUCCAUUCACCAUCAUGCACAUCAUCACCACCUACAUCGUCAUGCGAAUCACUGUUCGUCCACGCAUCUUCCAUCCACGCCUAAUCACAAUCUAAUUAGUCCUGUAAUGUACAAUCAUCCUGUUAGCGGUUUAUACUUCGAAUCUCAACAUUCGCCGCCGAUCAUAACGGCGAAUGGCGACGUAGAAAGUGGAGGCAAUCAACGAUUGUAUCAUUUGGUAAGGCCUAUAGAAGAAAGUCACUAUCCACCGGGCAUGGGUUUUACCAGUAGCAAGCAUCAUCAUCCAGAACGAACACAUAAAGCCAUCCCUGAAAUAUUCCUAACGAGAUUAUUAUCGACGAAGGGCACCGUUCAAAAGUUCGUCGAUGAUUUCUUGAACACGAUACUAACAGCGAACGAAGCAUUACCUAGUGCUGUAAAGUGGCUGUUUGAUCUCUUGGACGAUGCUGCGAAACAACACGGGAUCGUUGAUCCCGAAGUGCCGCACGCAUGGAAGUCGAACAGUUUGCCGCUUAGAUUUUGGGUGAAUUUUAUUAAGAAUCCAGACUUCAUGUUCGAUAUUAAUAAAUCCACAACGGUCGACUCAAGCCUUUCUGUAAUAGCGCAAACGUUUAUGGACUCUUGUUCAAUGACGGAGCAUAGGCUGGGAAAAGACUCACCGUCAAAUAAGUUGCUCUUCGCUAAGGAUAUACCGCACUACCGAGAGAAAGUGGGUCGUUUUUACACAGAUGUACAAAGACUGCCACAAAUCACUGAUCAAGAAAUGUCUAGUGCCAUGCAACAACUAAGUGCGUCACAUGCGAAUGAGUUUGAUGUGAUUGCAGCACUGAAAGAACUUUACAUCUAUGUCAGCAAGUAUUAUGAACAAAUCCUAGAGGCCUUGGAGACAGACGCGGGCUGUCGUAAAUUACAUCUAGCUCAUAGGCUGGAGAAUGUCGCCUGCACACUCGAAGGAGAGGAAACCAGUGCCUGCUGACACAACCUCCUCAUUGCCAUCCCAGGACCUGUCAAUCUCUCCAGAAACACUGACUAGUGCCUCCAUUUCAUGCAUCAGAUACACCUCGUUACAUAUGUACAAAUCUACACACCAUGUGAAUAACAAUGCCGUAAAAAAAAUACGUGCGAUUUCGUUAAGGCUAGUCAGGCGAUAGUUUUUUCUCAGGAUAAAUCAAUCCUGGCUGUAGUAUUUACGUCUAUAUGUCAUGGCCGUAUCGAAAUACGCUCGUACACACGUACAGAUGUUAGUAAAGUGGUAACAAAAGGAAAAUGGUGAACUCUAACCCUUAGAGGUAUCCUGAUCUGUUUUUAUUAAUAUUUAUAACAAAUUAUAAGAAAAAUGACGAAGGGAAUCUCAAUGCAAUUGGUGGAAUCUUCGUUGAUAGGAGAUAUAGUUUGUCGUAUGAUCGAAAUUAUAUUUCCAGUAACACGUGUUUUAAGGAUUUGAAGUGCAGAAUUCGUGCAAAAAAUACUUAUUAGAAAAAGGAAAAAAGGAUAAAAAUUAUUAAUUUCAACUUCAUUGUUGGCCGAAUAUCUAUACGUGUAUACGUAAUGCAUCUAACGAAAGAUAACGUGUGUAAAAGUUAAGUGAGAGAAAAAGCCAUAGUGUCCACCAGACUGUCUGUACGAAGAGAGUACGGCAGCAAGUAGUCUGUGAUCCGAGCACGAGUGGCUAUGCCUACUAUCUUCAUUAUGAUAUAUAUUAUUAAUAUGUUAUAUAUUAUAUAUAUAUAUACAUAAAAAAUAUAUAAAGCAAAGGUCACGCAACAUACACCUCCACGGAUUGUAGUGAGCUAGUUAGAGAGGGUCUAUAUAUGUAUUAUAAGUUGAGGGUAAAGAACCCUUUGCAGAGAAAAAAUGACACAGAGAGAAAGAGAGAGAGAGAGAGCAUGAGCGUGAGCGUGAGUGUGAGCGUGAGCGUGAGCGUGAGCAUAAGAGAGCAAGAAACGAUGUUAAAUUAAGACAGUUAAAAUAAUGUUAAAUGAAAGAAAAAGAAAUGGAGAAUUAAAAAUUAUGAGAGCAGCUCAGUCUACUCUAGGCCUAUUUACGUAUAUUUAUUACGUAAAAGAAAUGAAAGAAAAAUUCUUUUUUAUUAGAGUCUUUUGUUCAUUAUUUGAAUUUGUUUUUAUUUACGAUUAUAUUUAUAUAACUAUGACUGUUGUUAUGAUCCGUACGGUCUCUAUGUGGAUCAUAUAAUGAUUUUACAACCAUCACAUGAGCUAUAUUACAUUUAUUAUUCUUAGUACGAUUAAGUUGUAUUAUAUAUAUAUAUAUAUAUAAUACAAUUAUUGAUUAAUUUUCUAUUCAACAAUAGUUAUUAUGAUAUAUUGUUAAGCAUAAAAAAUCACAUAAUAGUUGCAAAAAAUGAGAAAGAUCUUUUAUAUUGUAUACCGGCGAGGAAGUUUCUAGGUUCUUAACGAAUGCAAAUGAAAAAAAAAGAGAACACAGUAGAAGGAAAAAUUUUAUACAUGUCUGGUUGUAUUUUCGUCGAUUAUUAGAUGUUCGAGAAUUUUUCGCCAGUUGGUCAAUAAUAUCGUGGUUAACGUAUCGAAAAAGAAGUGAGAGUUUAACAAAACACAACGAUAAACAGUAUUUUUCUUGGGAUUACAUCGCCAUUUUACUUACCUAAGACUGCCUCAGUUUGAAAAAUUGCAUUUUUUUUUUUAGGGAAGCAUUUAAUUGUCCCUGAUACUACUCAUUAUUCCAACAUAUAGAUAUUUAAUAACAGUUCAAUUCACUGCCCACUGCGCACUGCCAAUUUUUCUCCAUGCGCUUUUUUAGGAACUGUUAUACUGGAACAGACUUACUUAACGUUUAAUUGAAUCGCGUAAAUAAUGGUUUGAUAAUUUUGUGUAUGGUAGGUCGGGGAAAGCUGAGUUUAUUCGUGUACUUAAUUAACACUGUGUAUAUUUUAUCUGCUCUACAAGCUCUCUCAGCUUCCCUGUCUAUUACCAUCAACCUAUGUAUCUCUCUAUUAUAUGUAUUGUAUUUAUUUAUAUUCCGACAACUGGAUUAUCUAUAUAGAAAAUGGUACGUCAAUCUGUCCUAUGUGAUUUAACAUAUUAUUUUUCUUCUUAAUACAUGUCGAUACACGUGUUGUAAACUUUAUGAAACACGAAGUUGUUUUACUGAUUUUUCGUCUUCAUAAAACAACGAUAUAACAUCUGAAAAUGAUACAGAUCCAAAUCGAAAUUAUGUAAUAAUUUAAUUCCGUGUAUAUCAUAUUUUUUUCAAUGUAUAUUUCAUAUGAUAUAAUAUGAUGGUCACAAAUAUGAAACAAAUGAUAACAGAAUGGCUAAUGGAUUUUAAAAUAUCAAUGAGUUUGAUUAUUUAUACAUUCAUUCUGUUAUCAUUUUUUUUGUAAUGUCCUAGGCGCAUUAUUUUAUAUAUUUAUAACACCAUCUUCUAUGGAAUUAAGAUCAACUUUUUUUUGUAUAUUGAAUUAAAAAACAAAAGAAAACACGUAUUAUAA